AUGUCAACAGCGAUUGUUCUACUUUGUCUUCUUCUUCCACUUGUCAUUAAUUUUCAAACAGUCGGUGGACAAACACAUGUUCAAGUGGUUGAUGUAAGCGAAGAUCCAAACUGUGCCAAAUGUGACAGUCGAGCAAUAUGCAUUCGUCUGGACAAUUCAACUGGUGUCAACUGCGUUUGUCUUCCCGGCUUUGCCUUAUCGCCAUCAACUGGUCGAUGCGUUCUUCAAGAAAUACCAGUAAAUGGCAUAUGCGACAGUCGUUACGAAUGUUUUAAUGGAGGCCAUUGCUCGAAUGUGACGAGUAAAUGUGAAUGUAUGUCAGGCUAUGGCGGCCUGAUGUGUGAAUUAGAUAUCAAUGAAUGCGCUGCUAAUGAUCGACUUUGUGGCUCGUUUGCUUGCAUAAAUUUACCAGGAGAUUACAAAUGUGAUUGUGACUUCUUUCAUUCGGGAAAACAGUGUGAAAAAAUCAGUGCAAUUGGACUGUUUGUGGUGAUUGUUUCAUCCAUUGUUGUCCUGUUAAUCCUUCUCUUUCUUAUCUUAUUCGCUAUCCGAACAUUAAUCACUUAUCGGGUGUCACGACGGGUUUCAAGAGAACAAGAACUUCAACUGCAAAAUCCAUGUAUGGCUACAUUAACGACAGGUGGGCUAAUAAGAGACGAUCUGACCAUCAAUGGUCCGUCUUUUGUUCGUCCGCUUGGUCAUCGAAUCUACGUUCCGAUGGAAACAAGCUUUGGCAAUGCAGGCCGCUUACAAGCAAAUCUAAAUGAAGAUGAGAAAAAAGAGAGUACUCAAUCCCCACCGAAAUAUGUCACAAAUCUCGAUGAUUCAGUACUUAAUAUUCGUCGUUAUAUUCAAAAGUCAUUUUCAUUCAUUAAAUAUUCAAACAUACAAUUACGUACAUGCUAA